UGCUCCAUAAUGAUUCAGCAAGUGAAGAGGUGGGCGGGGCAUGUGAGGAGGGGAUGCCAGGUGUGGACAGGAAGGGGCGUGGUCAUCAUAACUUCUGAAUUUAUCUUCUAUGUUUCUGAAUUAUUAUAAGUUGUUAGAUGCUAUUGGUGAAUUAACUAGACGAUCACACAUGAACAUGAAACAAAAGGACACUUUGAGCCUCCGAACAAAAGGGGCGGGCGCUUGAGCACGUGCCUGAUAACUCUCUGCGGUCUCUUUCAUCUCUAAGAUGGGGCUGAAGAAGGGACACGUCCUGCUGCUUUGGGUUCUGGUCGGCUCUGGUGGGACAGGCGCCAUAGAGUCCGUCAGUAUCGCCUCAGCAGUGUGCUUGGCUGCGGGGUUUCUAGCCGGGUAUUUACCGAGCCACCUGAACACUUUCAACAUCAGAAAUGAAGAGAUGGGCAAAAGUUUCGACAAUACAGUGAACCUUCCACGUCUUAAGACGGAUCUGGAUAACAAACUGUUCGGACAACAUCUGGCGUCUCGCAUCAUCCUGAGAGCUGUGGUCGAAUUCAUGAGCAACAACAACCCUGAGAAGCCGCUGGUUCUGUCGCUCCAUGGCCCGCCCGGCACCGGGAAGAACCUUGUCAGCCAGCUGAUCGCAAAAAACAUUUACACAGAGGGGAUGAACAGCAAGAGUGUCCACGUCUUCAGCCCUUACCGUCACUUCCCGCGUCGAAUUCAAAUCUCCACCUAUAAGUCUUAUCUGCAGCAGAGGAUCAAAAGCAGCGUGAGCAACUUUGAGCGCUCCAUGUUCAUCUUUGACCAGAUGGACAAGAUGCAUCCGGGCCUGAUCGACAGCAUCAGGCCGUACCUGGACGGCUAUGAUGAGCUGGGCGGAGUUUCCUUCAGGAAAUCGAUUUUCAUCUUCCUCAGCACCGCUGGAGAAGACAGCAUCAUUCAGACGGCUUUAGAUUUCUGGAAAGCAGGACGAGUUCGGGAAGAGAUUGAUCUGAAAGACAUUGAGACAUCUCUCUACCGCUCCGUCUUCAACGACAAAAGUGACUUUUUUCGCUCAACUUUGAUCUAUAAGAGCCUGUUGACGGUAUUUGUUCCCUUCCUCCCUCUGGAGUACCCGCAUGUCGUCCAGUGCGCUAUGGCUGAGAUGAAGACCAGAGCCAGAGAGGGUGAAGGCCCGCCGGACCUGGAUGUAGCAAACCAGAUUGCCAGUGAUUUGCUCUAUUUCCCCAAAUCAGAGCGAGUUUUUGCCGUUAAUGGCUGCAAAAGGAUACGCCAAGCAGUACUACUUCAUACUAUGUCUAAUUUUAUGGGCAAUGUUGAGUCACGUUUAAGAAACUUGCAAGAUGGUAAAGACAAAGAUCUGACAGACGAAUCCAAUGAUGUGCAGUCGGGGGGGGCAGGUGAGCCUGUGCCUCACCAGCAAAAUAUAGCUUAAUAAAUGCAUAUAUCAAAUACAAUUAUUAUACUUUUUAAAUUCAAAAAUAAAAAUCAAAUGUUAUUUUUUUAGGCGUGUCUUUCUAUGAUUACCUUUUUUGGUGUGAAUUUUCAAUGUUUCUUCAGUAUAAAAGCAGCGAAUUUACGAGUUUCCCAUUCAAAUACGCUCAUUGAGGCAGCUGUAGCUCCGCCUCCCCAGCACCGCACACUGUAGCUGCAGCUGACGCAUGCACUGUAUUGCUUCUGUCUUUUUAUCAUCUUAAAAUACACUUUAUUUUAAAAUUACAUAAUUUGCUUAUCUCUCCCCAUCUGUCUGAUUACUUUGUUGCCAGUUUGUGACUCAUUUAGUCUUUUUAUCCACUAAAAAAGUGCUUUAAAAACACAUUAGGUGAGGCAGGUGAUGCCUCAACCAUCUGUUUGAGCUGGAAUUUAUUUAAAACACGACACAAUUGGAAGGUAUACAGUAUUAUAGUUUUUUGCUGAUCAUCACUGGAUAAGGAAAUAGAGUGAGAGUACCGUAAAACCGUUUUGGGGUUCUUUAUAGAGAGGAAUGAACAGUAAAAUGCACUUAAAUCCUCGAAAAGUUGAAUUUUCAUGGUAGGGCCCCUUUAAACUGUAAGUAUUUUGUUUUUUUUAAUAUUCUUUGUGUGUUAUGUUAUAUUUAAAUGUUGUAGUUAGCCUUUAAAUGUUUAAUUGUAACAAUCAAACAUCUCUUGUUUAACUUAUGUUUCAGAGAAAACGGAUGGACUUCGGCUCAAAAACUUUUAGCAAAAACUAGUAUACUUGGAGUUUGUUUUAUGAAGUUUACUGGAGCAUAAAUUUACUAAAAACCAUGUAUGUGUUGUGUUGAAAGUAUGCUUAAGUAAAUUCUUAUUCAGACUAAAUUGGAACAUUUUACAAUGAAGGUUAUAGCAACGAUAUGAAACAUAUUGUAUACCUAAAGUGUAAAGCCUCACUUUUAGUAUGGACUAAGUAUACUUGUACUAUAUUUAAAAAGAUUACUUUUAGUCAAGGAAAUCUCACUGAAUUUGUUUUACCAUUGACUUCAUCUUAAAACAUGAUUCUCUUUCAUUUUUAAAAUGGUCUCUUUGGAAAGCAAUUAAAAUAAGAUUUAUAAUACAUUUGUUGAUUGAUCAUAUGGCAAAAUAUCACAUUUAUAAAUGUAAAUAUAGUAAGUAAAGACCACCGUUUAUGGUGAUAAUUAUAUCAGCGACUCAACUAAGAAAAAGGCAUUAAAAACGAUCAAUAUGUACAAGUUAUAGUUUGAGUGUUUGUAAAAACCCUGUUCCAAUGCAUUAUUGUUGUUCAUUGCUGUGAUUGUAUACUUUUCUAUAAAAUAAAAAAAUUAUAUUAAAUAAUUUGCUUUGCUUUAAAAAAAAGUAAAUGUAUAAUUGUGCUUACAUAAAAUUAGAGCUUAAUUUUUUA